AUGUGGUGUUGCUGCUUCUGCCCGGCAGCUGCUUUGUACCAGGCCGGGAGGGCGGACGAAACGGCCCGUCUCGAAGGUCGGAGGUCGCUGCUGGCGGCGCUGCCAGCGUGUCUGCCUGCGAAGGCUUUGGCCGUGCUUAAGCCAGACGCGGACGCGGACUUCUCUGCUAGCUUGGACAAGUUGGAGAAGAUGGCGAGUACUUCCUACAACGAUCCCCUUGCUUGCAAGAAGCGUGCGGACGGCGAGACCCGGGCCGACUGCCUGGAGCAGGAGGACUGGGAGCUGGAGUGCGAGAGGCGGAAGCAGCAAGGCAAGAAGUGUGUGCCACCUCCCGCAGAUCUGCUGAGCUACCGAUAG